AUGGAAAUUGUCAACGAAAGUCGAGGUUCUUCCCCGUUGCUUGUUGGUGACAACCGCGGAACAUGGUCGAGCACAUGGCCAGGCGAGGGAUUUGCCACUGGAUCAAGAGUCUCCUUCGGGAGCCCCUACCUUGACUGGGGAACUGGGGGAGGUGCAAGCUUUAAAGCCAUGCCCUUUCGGACUGGUCCAGCCGGCUCCCCACCGAGUCCCGCCGACCCGAAGGGCGGAGACCUGCGACGGAACCAGGGACCAGUCACCAGUGGAGCGGAGCCCGCCGAGACCCAUGAGGAUGAUCAUCUGGGGCAAUAA